ACCGAGAGCUGGACGCUGCUGGUGCCCGGGAGACGGUUUGAAUGAUCAGCGGAGGUGAGAGGAGCCGGGGCCCCGCUCUAUGUGUGGUCUGUACCCCCCAGCUGAAGCUUUGUUACAGUGUAUCAGUGCAGAUAGUGCUCCGAUUAUCUGGACCGGGUACACUGUAACGACCCCUCAGCUCCUCACGUUCUCUCCUGUUUCCAUCGUUCACUCCUGAGGAUCUGCCGCCAUGAACUGGGACUCUAAGCUGGAGCAGGUCCUCACGGCCGCCGACGACAGCAUGGCGAAGAUCAAGGAGCGGCUGAACACCCGGGGAGACCUCGCCAAAGAUUUCCGCUUUGAUUUUCCUCCUGUCAGGCGAGCGCUGUACGUCGACACAGCGGCCAUUAAAGCCGCGGCACCGUGCCCGCCGCCCCCCGCGCUGGCGUCCUCGGAAGACAUGGUGAAUCUGAGCAGUCAGCUGCUGUCACAGGCCAAGAUGAUAACCUCCUUGCAUCACGCCAUUGGACGCCUGGAGCGGGACCGCGACCUUCAUGUCCAGCGCAUUCAGAGCCUGGAAGAUGAGGUGCGGCGGCUCGGCGCCUCGCGUGGACUGGACGCGUCGGAGUCUCUGCUGGAGAGGAAGAUGGAAGGACUGCGGCAGGAACUGUCCGGCGAACUGCGCCACCUGGAGGACAGAGUGAGGGAUUCCGCCAGCCCCUCGCUGCGCUCUGCCGCCAGCAUCUUACAGGAGGUGAACGAAACGAAGCGGUUAAUAUGGAAAGAGUACGAGAGUCUGCGGCGAGACACCGACUACAUGCACCAGCGGCUACGCCGACAAGAGGACGACUUACUGCGGCAAAUCUCAGGUGGGCAGGAACUGAAGCGGGCGCAAGAGAAAAACGCCACGGAGCUGGAGAGGAUACGGAGCAGCCAUCAGGCGCAGACCCAGGAGCUGGACCGGGUGCGGUCAGACGCGCAGGGAAUGCAGCGAGAUCUGCUGCAGAUCAGAUCAGCGAUUGGAGACCUGAAAGAGAACGUGCGGAUCCUGGAGGGGGAAGUGUCAGCCCCCAGAGCGAGGAGCGAGCGGCCCGCCCAUAGACGAUCUGGGCGCAGACAGGAGCUCAGCCGCUCGGCCUCCUCUUCCUCCGCGGAGGACGCGCGCUCGUGGAUCAGUCUGGCCGACAUCAGCUCUGAGGACUCGUCGUCGUACAGCCUUAGCGCUGCUGCUGCUGCGGAGGUCUCCAGAGCGUCCAGAGAAAAGUCCAGCGCAAGCGGCGAUGGGAGGAGCCAGCACAACCAUGACCUGGACGACCUUUCAGACAGCGCCCCGGAGCUCAAUUUCAGUGACCUCUGAAUGUUGGGGGGGGGGGGGGGGGGGGUCAUCGGCUAAAAUAAUCAGGACCGGAGGAGUCAUUGAAAAAUGCUCGACUGGGAGAGUUGUUUUUUUUUUUUUCGGUAUCUUGUAACAUUUCAGCUGCUGCUCGGGGGCAGGGCCGCCAUCUUAUCACAAUUAUGAACUUAAAGAACACGGACGAUGAUUGCAGCGCCGUUCUGUGCGCCUUAGCCAUGAUGCUACAGCCCAAAGACUUAUAUACAAGCUGAAGUACUCUGUGCUGCUCUGUAAUUUGCUGCUAUGCUCAGAUUUUAUUGUAUUUUAUUUUUUUAACUGUUUCUUGACUUUAGAGAACAAUUUGUCUUCAUGAGAUGUUAAAUUUUUUAUUUUAUUUUUUGAGGGGGGGGGGGGGGGACACUGAAUGUAUCCUGACAUACUCAGGACUGUGCUAAUUUAAAGGGCCAUACAGCGUGAUGAUUGUCAGUGUGAACUGAUUUGCUAACUUUACGGUUCGUUUCGUGACAGUUUUUUUUUUAUUUUUAUAUAGAAAUGUUGAGAGAUGUCGUCAUUUUAUAAUA